CAAGGUGAAAAUAAGAUUGAAAAGAGGAAAAGUUGGAAGAUGAGAGAAGAAAUGGAAGGUUGUUCUAUUUUGAGGUAAAACAGUAAAAACACUUUCCUAAAACUAUAUUAAACUAACUUUUGCCCGCAGUGGAGGUUUUGUACUAAGAGCCAUCUCAUAGUGGCCCAGUGUUACUACUAGAGGAAACCAGAGUACUGGAAGAAAACAUGUGGUGUACUGAAAUCAACUAAUUAGAGUUUAGCAGGAAUCGCUGUAGGGAUGCAGUUGCAUUCCGUUUUGACAUGAAACAUAUAUUUUUGUGGGAGAGAAAACAUCUACAGCUUUGGUAAUAUUCUAAUUUUCAAUUCCAUUCUAUCAUUUGGUUCUUUGAUUUUUUAUAUCAAUCUCCCAUUUUCUCUCACAUUUCAUUCUUUAUCUGCUUCCUUUUUCCCCACUUUCUAUUUCUACUAAUACCUUAAUAUUUCUACUCCAUUUCUUUCAAAAACUUAAGGCUAUACUCAUACAUUUCUCUUUCCCAUAAACAUUAAACUUACCUGACAGCAAACGAGAAGCAGAGUAGAAAGACUGUUAGGAAAUGAUGUAUGAUCAUUGCUAUUGAAUCUUUUCUCCAUGUAUCCAUAAAAAGAGUAGCAUAAAUAGAGUGGAUAUAGAAGCUCGCUUGUAUGCAAUACAAAUAAUAGAUAUCAGAGGGAAUUGACAUGCCAACUGCCCACACUGAAACAGAAUAAAAACUACAUGGUAACCAUAAGGAUAUGUAUUACACCUAAGUUGACCUUUGUCUGAAAUAUAAUGAUCAGAGGGAUGAUCUCUCUGGAUGUACAGUACUUGAAGCAAAUCAAAUAUAGUUAACCCUUUAUGUGGCAAUGCAUCCUACUUUAUUAUUUUACUCUGUCUAAUGCCCAGGGCUUGAAAUAACAGCCAAUCACCGAUCAAUGAUUGGCAAGAAAUGGUUUAUGAUCAGCGGAAAAGCAGAGUUUUCAAUCAGAAAAAGCAGAGAAAAUCAUGACUGCCGAUAAUCAUGAUCUGGAACUUUUGGAACAUUAUUUCAAGCCCUGAAUGCCAAACAAUUUUACUUUUCAAGGAAGAGUGCUGCCACUAGUUGGCUUGGGUAGUUUACUUUCUGACAGAUGGUCCAUCUCUUGUAUAUUAAAUCAGGCCAGUAUUUCUAAGUACUCAGUAUCAUAAAGUGCUAUGACUCUAGUCUGUCUGUGCCAGCAUAUGUAUUCGGUAGUUACAACACCAGAAAGCUGUGGAUUUAGAGGGAUUUAACUACGUGAAAAAUACUUUGCUCAAAAUGUCAAAGUUUUACUUGUAUUUUUAAUCUCAGGCAGUCGAGUCUCUCUCAAUCCGCAGGUUUCUGGACUCAACUCAACUACUUUACCUGACCAGCAUGUUCUGGGGUCUUCAUAUAGUUCAGAAUGUUUCCCAAACAAUACAACACAUGUAUAUAUGUACAUGGUAAAGUAGUAGAGGAAUUUCCACAUGCUUUCUGGAAAUUUCCUGUUAUUUUUUGGUGUAAACUUCAUGCUCGCAGCAAAUGGCUACAAGUAAAGAAAUACAAAACAUUAAAUAGCAAUUUUACUUGUCAAGGAAUAAGUGUUCAUGCAUGAAUUGGUUAACUACCUGCCCAUGUAUCAUGUUAACUCAUUGAGUUGCAAUGUGCUGUAAUUGAUGCAUUAAAUAUUUAUAUAUGGCAAUUUUACUUGUCAAGGGAGAGUCAGAAGUGUUAGGUGGUUUAGCAGAAACCUAGGUAGGUCCAUCCGAAGAUAUUUCAAACCCACAUCUUCAGUUGUAUAGGGUAGAACCGUAGUCUAGAAACUUCAAAAAACAUGUUUACGAUUAAAAUACAAAUCAGAAGCCAAUCCUCAAAAUAUUGAUAUCUGCUCAAUCUGGUCACAUGCAGCUCAUGCAAAUACCCCCUGCUGAUUAAAUAAGUAUUUUAUAAUGACACCCUGAGGAAUAUUUCAAUCUGAAAGAAUUCUUUUAGUUUUACAAAUCACUCCCACAGUUGAGUUUAAAAAUUCAAAUUAUGCUACAAAUUUAUACCCUUGCCAAGACACUGAUAUAGCUAUAUUACCCUUCAGUAUAUAUACUGUACUAUCUGUCCAUAUAAUCCCACUAUGCUGAUAAAUAUUUAAUCCCAGCUUUAGCUCUGUUAUAAACCAAAUAAUAACAAUAGAUAACGGAUUUUUUUACUCGAAACUAACCUUAAAUACAUAAGUUGUAAGAAUUGAACGAAGCAGAGUAAAAACCACAGCGAAUGUGCACACAGUUGUGAUGUCAUACGAUGAAAUUCUGCCAUAUUGUCUCAUGUCGUUCGCAAAAUCUGCCAAAAAUGUCCAUCGUAUUCGUCUUUUAGGCCAGACGUCCACAGCAGUUUGAAAAAUCGAACGAAAUAUGCCGAAAUAACUAGACAUUUUCGUUGUUUUGGUUAAUUUUCGUAAACAAUGAUCACAAUAAAACGUGUCGCAUUAUAUAUUCAACUUUGCACCGGAAGUCAGGCGAUAAAUAUCAUGAAUGGACAUCAGUGAUGUGGAUAUUCGAUAACUUUUCACUGUGUAUUUGCAAGAAGGGCUGGCCGAAAAAGGCUUGUUUGACUAAAAUUGGCUAAUCGAAAUUGGAACAGGUGCCUUAUACGUGUGAAAUUACGCUAAACAGCAGAUAUUGUUGUGGAAACUAAAUGUGAAUGAAUCAUCUAGAACUGAAAAAUUUUUUCCUCUGUCGUGGGCCCACUGUCAUGCCACUGUCGCCACUCCAUCGAGCUAUUAAUUAUUAAUUUAUUAAUUAAUGAUCUUGGCAAUGUGAUUGGUCAGCGAAAAAAUUCCUAAUUUUAAAACUAGGCAAGGAGAUGCAAUAAUGAGUAAAAUUGCAAAGUGUGGUUGCGAAAUGUUGUAAAAUAAGGAAAAUAUAGCCUUGCAAAGUUUGCAAAUUUUGUAUAGUUUUGUAUUGCGUGCGGAAAUUGCUACAAUUUUCGGCCCAAAUGUGGCAGCAAUUUCCGCACGCAAUACAAAAGUAUAUAAAAUUUGCAAACUUUGCAAGGCCAUAUUUUCCGCAUUUUACAACAUUUCGCAACCAAACUUUGCAAUUUUACUAAUUUUAGUGUGCUCUUUCCGGGAAUAUACUUUUUUUUUGCAAAGAUAAAAAAUAGUCUAUAAUGGAAAUUGUCUAUUAUAAUGCAAACACGUUCAACAGCAAAGUGUCGAUAUCUGGGGGCCGCUGGCACUCUCCCGAUCUCACCCCUUAGCACGGGACGACUACUGCAAAUUCUCAAUGGGAAUGCUAAAAUUAUAUUUCUAUUUUAUUUCCUUUAGUCCAUACUGACUUAGACAAUUUCAUGACGCAGGUUCAAAGUCAGUGUUUUGACAAAACCUUUUCUUUUUUCUGGAAAGGUUUAACACCUUCGACGAUUACAGUGUUGUUGGCAAAAAAUAUUCUUUUAACUAAGGAUGCUAUGCGAAGUGGCUAAUUCGACGGAAAUUCUACAUUUAAAACAGGCCUCCGUCUCAUUACAUUUGUGUGCCAGUGUGCGGUUUUGAAUUCACCAAGUGCCGUUUGAACAAAGCUUGAUAGAGAUAUUCCAUAAUUAUCGAUUCACCAAUCGCGAAUCAUCUAAACUUUCCCGAAGAGCCUGUCUCGCAGGCUAAAUUUUUGUUGUAAAGCGGGCGGGCCUGUAAAGCCACCAUACAAGUUUUCCCCCGCAAACGCGCAGACUCUAGUACAUAGAUUAGGGUCUGCUCGCAGGCAAGGGGGGAGGUAAAUAACGCAAAAGGAUUAAUUUUGUGAAACCAUCACGCACGCUUGUAAACAUGAGGUUUUUACGCAGUGCUUCGAUAUUUCGACGAGGCUUUUCGACCAGCUCUCUCGUUCAAAACUCUUAUAAGUUUGUCGUGGCUGGUGGUGGUGCAGGGGGCAUAGGAACAGCAGCUGCACUCAAACGUAUUUACGGUAAAGACGCAACUGUUGCAGUUAUAGAACCUUCACAGGUAUUUUGAGUUUCUUUAUCUAUAAAUGUGUUAGUGUUUCUGUAUUUUGCCUGCUUUUGUUUGCUUGUUUAUGCAUUUCUGUUGUUUGUUUGUUUGUUUGUUUGUUUGUAAGAUUAAAGAUUAAAGAUUCAACAGACAACAGUUAUUUAUUUAUUUUAUAUCCAGUAUUGAGCUUGAGUAUUUGAGAACCAGAGACUAAUAUAAACAAAUGUUUGCUAUCAUCAUAAAUAAUAGAAUAAAUUUGUGGAAAUAAUGUAUUAUACUAUUAUUGUAAGUAUAUUUGCUACAUAAAUGAUAUAAUCGUAAUUUAUCUGAUAUUAAUGUUUAAUUAGGAGUAUUUAGGGGCAAUUAGUGCUUAAUUGAAUUCCUUUAUAUAAUUGGCAAUUUCCUGUGGCAAUUUGCAAGCAUAUAAAUUAAACUUGGUUCCAUUAAAUUGCAAGAGUCAUGCGAAUUUUGCAAGAAUCAGAAAGGAGGAUAAAAUGUUAUGUUAACACCCCCUGUGCUCGCAUUAUUCACAUAAGCUUUUUGUAUUAAUUAGUUUGUAAAUACAUUAUUCAAUUUGUCAAAUAAUUGCUAGAAUAUUGUCUUAAAUUGAGAAAUAAAAAUUCAUCUACCUUUACUACAAGGUGUACUUAUUUUUGUGUUGAUUUAGAUGUGAUUUGAACAUGUUUUGGUUUAAUAUCUCUGGGAGUAAAAUGGGGGGGGGGUCGAUCCAGUUGUUGAUAACACAGUAUGGGGUUUGGCUGUCCCGGCAUGUGGUGCCCCGGAAAAUUGUUGUUUUUUUCAUGUCAGAUGAAAGCAUUACAAGGUUAUGCCCACCAGUUUUGGAAGAAUUACAAAAUUGCUCCUGAGGAAAAGUGUGUGACAGAGGGCAGCGGGUCCGUGGACAUCUCUGCCUGAUUAGGAUUGCAUUAGUGUGCAGUGCCACUUAAAAGGUUAACAAAGUUGAAAGAUUCCCCAGUUUGGUAAUAUGUCCCAUAAUUUUUAAUUCAUAAAUUAUUGGUUCAUUACCAGUAUUUUUCAAUGUGUAAAAUUCUUUCACUUUGAGACAUGAACUCACGUUGGCCUUAUGUAUCCAGUACUGCUUUGGGUUUUAAGAAGAAAUUAACAUCACAUGAUUGCCCUCCCAUGCCCCGCCCCCCUGCUGCUUAAGGGGACAAACAUCUCCAACCUGGGGACUGCACAUAUAGAUUUUUUACUAGAACAUUAAUGAAUUUUGCAACAUUUGUUUACCAGACCCAGUAUUAUCAACCACUAUGGACCCUGGUCGGAGCUGGUGCUGUCGAUUUUGAGACGUCGUCACAACCAAUGGAGAAAAUGAUUCCAAAAGGAUGUGAUUGGCUGCAGACUAAAGUUGAAACAUUUCAUCCUGAGAGCAAUUCUGUUGUGACAUCUGAUGGUGAUAAGGUGUGCUAUACCAACAUCCAUAUUUAUUUUUCAAACAAUGUACUACUACAGUUCUUGUAGUAAAGGACAUUACCUCCUGUGCCAAAAAACACACUUUAGUUAGCACUGUCCCUGUCAUUGUCCCGCUCACAAGAAAACAAUGUUGUAAGAUACAAACCUACCAUGUGCCACCAUUUGACCAAGUCUUGUUGACAAAUAGACUGUUAAACAGUGCAUACCAUUUGAUUCACAAAUUUGUUUAACCCAUUGAACGCCAGCAAUCUCGCGCCCAUUUCCACUCAAGAAAAAUUUCCAUGGACAGAAUAUUUUCCGAAAAUAUCAUUGUUAAAAGUUGAAAAUUUUAAACUUCAAAAUUUUUUUUCGAUGGCGAAUUUGCGGUGUCCGCCAAUUACAUUUUACAAAAUUUUAUUUCUGCGGAAAAUUUAAAUGGGACUUAAACUGAGUAAAAUAACAAAGUAGGGCACAUUAUAUAUAGGGUGCAAUGCAACUUAAAGGGUUAGCAAGGGUCAUGGGCAGAUACUGUAGUCUGAUUAUUAACCCAUUGAGUGCCAGCAGAAUUGCAGAAAUCAUUUUAACUAAUUAACAUGCACUAAAAUCAGCUUCUAUUGCAACUGUUACUUUACUGACCUGUACAGUAAGUAUCUUUGCUUUGCCUACAUUAAAUACGGAACUUGCAUUAUUCAUAACUACCAUAAAUUAUAUAAUCACAUGAUAUUUUUAGAUCAGUUAUGAAAAUCUUAUUGUGGCAUUGGGACUUGAAUUGCGAUUUGACAUGGUAAGAUUUCGAUGCAUUUUCUUGAGAUAUCACAGUCACAGACUUUGCAGAUAAUUUUCUAAUUUCCUACAUACCAUAUUUUCUCUGCUCAGGUUGAAGGUUUGCCUGAAGCACUGCACACCGAUGGUGUAUGUUCAAACUAUUCAGCGCAGACAGUAAAAGAUACGUGGAAAUGUUUGCAGAGCUUCGAAGGUGGAAACGCCCUGUUCACUUUGCCAAUCACUCCAAUCAAAUGUCUUGGUGCUCCGCAGAAAAUCAUGUACCUUGCUGAUGAUUAUUUUCGAAAGGUAGAACAUAAUAACCUCCACCAUGUGUUGAUGAGACUUGAAACUCUCGCUCAUGUUUGAACGACAACAGCUCUCAAAUUGACUCUCAUCAUCUUUCAUCCACUUUGAGCUGGUUCAAAUUUUUGAUGCGAGUUGAUGAGAGUUUUCGCUCCGCGCGUGCUAAUAUCCAGUCAACUCUCACCAACUCUCAUGCAACUCUUGUUCUUGUUUGACUGGGGCAUGAGAGUUGAGAGAACUCUCAUGUAAACUCUCGCUUCUCAACUCUCAUCAACUUUCAUGCAACUCUUGUUCUCGUUUGACCGGGACACGAGAGUUGAAAAACCCUCAUGGAAACGCUCGCUUUUCAACUCUCAUCAACUCUCAUGCAAAUCUUGUUCUCAGUUGACCGGGGCAUGAAAGUUGAGAAAACUUUCAUGCAAACUCUCGCUUCUCAACUCUCAUAAUAAUAAUAAUAAUAAUAAUAAUAACGAUUUAUUCAACAGAUCCAUACAUAUGGCUCUUCCCUGUUAAAAUACUAAUUAAAUACUAUAUUCUAUAACUAUGAACUAUAACGUUUAUGUGUUGAAAUUAGAUAAAAUCGAUGUUCGGAUUAAAAUCGAACUCUCAUCAACUCUCAUGCAACUCUUGUUCUCAGUUGACCGGGGCAUGACAGUUGAGAAAACUCUCAUGCAAACUCUCGCUUCUCAACUCUCAUCAACUCUCAUGCAACUCUUGUUCUCGUUUGACCGGGGCUUGAAACUACAACACCCUUGAUACUCUAAAUAGUCCUCUCCAAUCAAAUAUGUAUACGACCAUGUUUAUAUCGUUUUUACUAAAUAAGCAUUCCAAAUCUUUAGGAUAUACAAUAUACAGAGACAAUCCAGGGUAGUCCCGAUGUUUAUUUCAAAUCAAAUCUAGAAACUUAGGGCCUGUUCAUAUGGGCAAAAGUUAUCCCGGUUAACGAGAAAACCUUUCGACUAACCAAAUACUUUUGUUCUGUUCAUAUGGAGAAACGUUAUCCCGCUUACCGGGUAAAGUUUCCAGCUGUGACGUACGUAGCACUGAACAUCAAUUGAAUUGAAAAGUUGCUGACAUGACAGAAAGUUAUCCCGCUAAGCAGGAAAGUUGUGUUCAUAUGCGAAAAACAUUUUCCCGGUCACCGAGAUCUCGCCUGUCAACAAGCAAGAUUUCGGUACACGGGAAAACUUUUUGUCUCUUAUUACCAAGGCGAGAUCUCGCUUGUAAACUAGCUUGUCGAAAAGUUUUCUCGCUAACCGGGCUAACCUUUGCCCACACGAACAGGCCCUUAGACAGUAAACCUUACUCAUUUUGUCACAGAGCGGCGUACGAGACAAGGCUUCAAUUCAGUUUUGUUCUGCUCUGGGUGUGAUAUUUGGAGUGAAGAAAUAUGCACAAGAAUUAUCCAAGAUUUGUGAGAAACGAGAUUUGAACCUUAAUUUCCGGCACAAUCUGGUGAAAGUGAACGCUGCCCAGAGGACCGCAACUUUCGACAUUCUUAAUGCAGAUGGAGUUAGCACCGGAGAAACAAAGACUAUGGAGGUAUAUCAUAUUUUGGGCAUCUUACUUGACCUUUUCCAUUCCAUGUUUUAAAGAUAGCCCUUUGCAUAUAAUUUUGCUCUCUAUGUUAUACAGUAUGACAUGAUCCACGUGACUCCACCAAUGAGUGCACCCCCAGCUCUACGUCAAUCAACAUCUCUGACAGAUUCCAAAGGAUUUCUGGAUGUUCAUCAGUAUACCUUACAACAUAAACGUUAUCCUAAUGUGUUUGGUCUGGGUGACUGCGUGAAUACGCCUAAUGGAAAGACGGCAGCCGCUGUAGCUGGGCAACUGGGAGUUGUUAUGAAUAACCUUUAUGCUUAUAUUUAUGGGAAAAGCAUGAAUGCAAGUGUAAGUAGUGAUAUGGUGUGGUAUAACAUUACUAUGGUCACAUUGCAUUUGGUAUGGCAUGAUAUGUUGUAUUGUGGUAUAAGCAUUGCAUGAUAUGGUCAGGAUAUGGUAAGGUAUGGUAUGCUUAUGGUGGGUAUGUUAUGGCAUGGUUAUGGUAGGGUAUGGUAUGGUAUGGUAUGGUAUGGUAUGUGAUGGUAUGGUCAUGGUAUGGUAAAGUAUGGUUAUAUAGUAUGGUAUGGUUAAGGUAUUAUAGUAUGGUAUGGUUAAGGUAUUAUAGUAUGGUAUGGUAUGGUAUGGUAUGGUAUGGUUGUGGUAUGGUAUGGUAAAGUAUGGUUAUGGUAUGGUAUGGUAUGGUAUUAUAUAGUGUGCUGUGUGGUAUUGAAUGAUACCCAUAAUUGUGUAUUUUAGUAUGAUGGUUACACCUCGUGUCCUCUGGUCACAUCGUAUGGGAAGUGUAUUCUUGCUGAAUUUGAUUACAACGCUCAGCCACUGGAGACCAUGCCACUCAACCAGGGAAAGGUGAAUAUAAGAAAUACAAUGCUAUUAAACUGCAUAUGUACAUCUUGUUAUUUAGGUUCACUGCAAAGCAAUUAUUUUACGAUUGAAAACUGCAAAUUUUCAAACUGACCAGCAUCAGGGAAAGUGGAAAACAAAAUAAUUUAACAUCUGCCUCAUGAGUCCAAAAACUGAAUGUUCAACCAUGCAAACUUUCCUCUUUAGGAAAGAUAUUUUUCAUAUCUCGUGAAGAAGGAUAUAUUACCGGAAAUCUACUGGACAGGUUUGAUGAAGUAAGUUUUGUUUAGAAUUUGAAUUUAUUAGCUUUGCCAUACGUAAGUACAAGAUUAUAAGACACUGCAUGCAUACAUAUAAAGUUACUAAAAUGAAAAAGUACAUGGAAAAAGUGGCAGGGGCACCACAACAGCGGGUAACGAGUUGCUGCGGCCCUUAGAUUAUCAUGAUGGGGCUAAAUUCAUAGCAAUACAAACAGGUUGUCGAUGAUGGAUGGCAUAAGGAAUUCCAGUUUUUCCAAUUCCGUCUGUCGUAAAAAUAGGGGUGCGUCCCCCAUCUCCAAUCCAAAGAUAAUGCCCUUCGUGGCUGCGUGUUCUUUUUCUAGGGGUUCAUGGUAUGGCCCAGGAACAAUUCGUAGAAUUCUUCAUCUCGGUAUGUCAAAAUAAAUCAAAAUAUGAGAAACUAAAAUUGACGCUGUGUCGCAGAUUAUUGCGAGUACCGACGUAGUUACACUAUUUUGUCAAACUUUGUACGUAACUUAGCUAAAUUGGGAAAGUUCCAUUCCAAGUCAUUCGUAAAGGCAAGCAUCGCAACGUAAAGUAGAACUCAGUAUAAAGGAACUGGCCUCAGUGGCUUUGUUCAACUCUAGCUUGUGAUGUCUGACUAGAGAAGGUAAUGAUUCAGAAAUUGUGUGUAGAAUAUAGAGCGUAUUUAAAACGAAUAUGCAAAAUUGAUUAGUGACAAUCCAUGAAUGAAUAAAAUGUUGAGAACUUGCAAAUUUACUGAGUACCCGGUAAAUUUUAUGAUCUCUAUAAUCAUGAUGGUGGUGAUUUUAAUUGGUGAUGCCGUGAUGGUGGUGUUGAUGAGCAUGAUGGCAGGCCAUGAAAUAACGGCCGAUCAACGAUCGGCAGGAAAUUGCUUUUGAUCCGCAGAGAAACAAGGUUGCCGAUCAUCUUGAUCGGCAAGAACCAAUGUCUCAAAAACAUGGUAAAUGUCGCUAACGAACACCAUCCAAUACUAUGGCAUCACAGAACAUAUAAACAGAACUUAUC